AUUCUUGCAAAUAAUGACGCGCAAAUAUCUGCUAGCACUUAAUCUGUGUUACCUGCUGAAACAGCCUCAUCUUGUACAGUUUUACAAAGUCACUGUAAUACAAUCUAGAUGGCAAGAGCAGUCUGCCAGCUGAUGCAUUUUAUAUGAGCAAUCAAGAGCAUAAAUAUACCGCACUUGGUAGCGUCAGUGACAACUAAGGUGUCCACAAGCGUCGUAAUGUAAAACGUUUUCAUUUAAUUACAUAUUAACUGUAUAUAAAUCAAAGCGCAUAAAUCAAAAUCGCGGAGAAAUUUAUUUUAUCAAGGAAAAUGUUUAACACCAAGUCCUUCGACGUUGUGAGUUUCAACUCGGAGCUGUCCGCUGCCAGAUUGGAAACGUCCGCGAACGUGCAAACAACGGAGAUAGUCUACGCCGCUGAUGACACGCAGACCGCAGAGACGAGAAGUAUUGGGAUCCAGACAGUGAACGAACAGAAAACGGACGCAGAAGUGGAUUAUGACAGGCUGGCAGGCUUUCUGAAAAAAGUCACACCAGGAAUUUUGGAGGCCCUGGAUGAAGCUUACGCCACCAACGCUUUCAACGACUACAAUCCAAAUGUCACCGAGACCUCGUCCGCCACUGUAGAAUUAAUAAAGAAAGUCAGCACGUCGAAAGGUGUAGACGCACAGCUUAAGAUAAGCGACUUGUCAUGGAGUACCGUCGGCGGAACGUUAGCGGUAGGUCUCAGCCACACUUACCACGAAGCGUGGUGCGACCACCUUUCCACAAUUCAGUUGUACAAUCUCACGACGGAGGAUAAUGUCGCGGAUACGCCUACCAGAACAUUGGAGACGAAUGGAUGCGUCACAACGCUGUGUUAUCACCCAACGGAACCCUCCAUUCUCGCGGCCGGGUUGUCUAACUGGGACGUGAUGAUCUGGAAUCUCAGGAGCGACGACUCCGUCGUGCCCAUGCACGUGUGCACGCACGGCGAUUGCGUGUCCCAGGUGUGCUGGCGGCCAAGGUCCGUGAACGACGUGACCCUCUUGGUGAGCUCCAGCAAAGACGGGUACAUACUGAUCCACAAAUUGACGGCCAACUUUACGACCGUUCAACCGCACAAACGAUUCAAGAUAGUCAAGGAACGUAAUCCGGUGGAAAGUGCCAGACCACGCAGCGCUGGAAGCACGCGCGAGCGCGCCGCGGAGGCGGGCCUGUGCAUCACGAGUUUCGACUUUUCACCGAGGCACCCGAGUAUAUUUGUCGUUGGAACGCUGUGCGGUGGAAUCUAUAAAUGUAGCUUGGACAGCGUAACUCCCGUCGAAGGAGACGACACGCUUGUAGAUCCGGUGAUCGACGAAUAUGAGAGACACGGAGGUAGCGUUACUUGCAUAAAGUGCUCGCUAUUACACAAUUUAUUUGUCAGUAGUGCCACGGAUAAGGAAAUCCGAAUAUACGAUCUUGACGAGCAUGUCAAUCAGCAAACCAUUUCCGUGGAUGAUACAGUUGUGGGAUUGACAUGGAUGAUUGGCAAUCAAGAUGUAUUCGCAGCUUACGGAGCAGGGUCGUGUGUCAAGUUCUACAACGUGACGGACGGUAAACCUGUAACGUAUGCGAAAGUCGAAAUGACUGGCAAAGAAAGUAUCAGCAGCUUACGCAUAAAUUCCAAGAGAGACAUGCUGGCUAUUGGAGAUGUUCGUGCGAAUGUUGAAAUAUGGAAAUUUCCACGUCACUUGUUUUGAACGUAGUUCUGAUUGACGCAAUUGCUUGCGCCAUUUGCUGAAUGGACACAUCGCUACGUAUGCUUUCGACACGUAUUGCACAUACAUAUAUACUGUUUUUUUACUGAAAUAAAUUAUUUGGAACAUUGAA